CUGGGGUUUUUUUUUUAUAACUGUAUUGUGUACAUAAACAAAUAUUCGGAACGAUGUCUUUAAGCAAUAAAAGCAAUAUUAGCGAAAAGGAAAUCGACGAUGAGGAUAUGCUAUCACCGACGAAAAUAUCAACGAAUCUUGUUGUACGAGUAAAUCAAGAUUCUGAUGAUAAUUUGCAAGCAUUAUUCGAUAGUGUAUUGAAUCCAGGAGAUGCGAAGCUUCCAUUGCAAUUACCAUUUCGUAUGCGAAAGCUACCCAAUUCAUUUUUCAAUCCUCCGGCACCGCUCCACUCGCGUGCCAACAGUGCCGAUUCCACAUACGAUGGCUCCCAAACUAAUAUCAACAAGACUGCCCAGCCAGAAAUACAGCCAUCUCUCACACAGCAGAACCAGCCAUCACACAGCCGUCUGGCAGUACAUCAUUUUCGUGCUCGCAGUAGUCCGGCGUCCCUGCAGCAGAACUACAAUGUGCGCACCCGCAACGAGCCGAGCGUCAACAACACCAACACUAACCAAGGGCCAGCAUAUCCCGAAGCUAGCGUCGACUUCGCCAGCGCUAGUACGGCCAACAAUAUCGAUUUAGAUGUCAUCAAUACGUGCAUGGGACCAGUACCAGGACCGGACGCCGCUGCCUUAGCUGCCACACAGACAACAAUUCAUAAAAAGCAAAGAUCAUACGAUGUCAUCAGCCCAAUUCAAUUACAAAGUCAAUUAGGUGCCUUACCGCCUGGCUGGGAGCAGGCCAAAACUAACGAUGGACAAAUUUACUAUUUAAAGUAAGUAUUUGGAAUUGAAUAAUUAU